AUGACCUCGGCGCUCCGGCUGACCCCGCACCUCAUCGAGGCCGUUGCACUGGAAGGCCGCUGCGGUAUCUCUCUUCGCCAGCUGCUCGAGCGCCACGAGAGCAGUGGCGACGCAGCAGUGCGCGCAGCUUGCUGGCGCGUGCUUCGCGCAUCGGGUCUCUUGCCGCCACACCCGAUCGCGUUCUUUGCCGACGGCGCGCGCCUCACCGACGUUCCUGUCGCACUGGCCGAUGCACUCGACAUUGUAAUCGUCGCCUCGGAGGAUUUACGUCUGCGCGCGCUGCACGUCACGCCGUCGGGCGAUCUUCCGCCGACGCAGCUCUUGAUCUUGGAGACCGUCGGCCGCACGCGGGCAAAAGGAAUAUCUAUGAUGGACCUCACGACGGCCGUCUCGGAGGCAGCAAGCGGUGCGAAGAAAGUAAAGAGCAAGACGGGCGACAUCCGCGCCGUGCACCACCAGCUGGACCGGCUCCUCAGCUUGAAGCUCGUCGUGAAGAAGAUGCUGCAGAUCCUCGGUCAAGGUCGACCGCAACGGUUCAACGUCAUCUUACUCGCGCGAUUUGCCAACGACUUCGACCACGAAGCGCUCUUUCCAGGUGCGAUACUCGAAGACGACCUCGCGUGGAAGCAGCGCACAGUGAUCGAGAUGCUGCAGUACAUGUCGACGCACAACGUAUCGCAAUGUGUUCUCGCCGAUGCAGUCCGGGGCACGAUCGCGGAUCAAAAAUACAAGCUCGAGGCCUUCAAGAACUACAUCAUUGCCGAAGGCCAGCGGCAGGCGUCGUCAUUUCCGGUCGAAAUCUUCUCAGCGAUCGUCGGGACGGACACGAAGCGCAAGCUGUGGUGUGUCAAGCGCCGUCAGAUUGAGCUUGAGCCAGACCCGUUUCCCGGCUUGCCGCGGUUGGGUCUCGAGUCGGGCGUCAUGUACCAGAUCCACCAGCUUAUCCAGAUCUCGGAAGGCAUUACGACGCCCGAGAUCCGCAGCCUUCUCGAGAUCCCAGGCCCAAAGACCACGUACCGCCUACUUAGCACUGCAACGUCAGCGUACGCCGUUCGUAUGACCAAGGUUGUCGUCGGGCGCAAUUCGGUCUUCAAGCUCUUUCCCAUGGCGCCGGACAUCACAGCUCCCAAACGCAAGCGCGACAGCAGCUGUGACGAAGACGACGUCGAAGACGUGAAGCCCGAGCCAGAGCGUCGAGGGACGUGGAAGCGCCCGUGCCACGGUCACAGCUUAAAGCGCAACUCGGCAGCGAUGGACGCUCCGACCGACGACACGGCGUCUCUCCGGAAGGAGCACAUUGCGGCGCGCGUCGCCAAAGAGCGCAUCGUGUCGCUCUACUCGCUGCGUUCGUCCAUCAUCGAGAUGGAAAAUUUCCACGAAGGCACGAAGAACAUCCAGUUUAUCGCGGGCCACCGCGUCGACACGCGCUCGAUCCAGCGGCUCCUCGACAGCCUCCAGGGUGAAGGCCACCUCGAACAGCGCGCUGUCGCGUACCCAUCAAGACGGCCUCUGUGCCCGCUCGACGCGUACCUUGCGCGCUACAGUCGCGACACGCGCGUGCAACGACUCAACACCAAAGCGUUCACGAACCCGCGGGUUGCAGUGCGCGACGGUCGGCUCACACAAAUCGACCCCAGCGCGAUCAAGUACAUGAUGAAGGCCAAACUCCACUCGGUGCACAAGGCUGACCUCGCGCGCACCAAGCAAUCGCGCUCGCUUGGUUUGUGCCACGGUAUGAUGCACCGGUGUCGCGUCUUCCACCGACUUCUCUUCGAGUACCUGCACACAACGACAACAGCUGCCAGCAGCAAGGAAGAUGCGCUCGCGACCUUGUUGAAGCAAGCCUCGACACCCGCCGCCAUCGUCUUCUCGCUGGACGCAAUGCUCGCAGCGAUGCGCGUGCGCCAGUACAUAGGUAUUUUUGGUAUCGGCCACGUGCUCACACCCGACGAAUACACAACCGUGGAGCGCGCGCUGGCCGCGGACGUGACCCUUUACGCGCUUGACGACGGCCUCCGGCGUAAGGUCACGUACCGCCAGACACGGCGGUGUCUGCGACUCCUCAACAUGCUCAAGUCUCUCCAGCUCGUAAGCACGUACCGGCUUCGGCUCGAGCAGCUGCUGCAACAUGUACACGCCGACGACAACGCCAAGCGCAACGACGACGUCGAGGUGCUUUUGCGCGACCAAGCCGAAGUGGGCCGGAGCAACUUGCUCUUGGUGUGGCACACGCACGGUCAACUACUUCUCGACGAUAGUGCGGGCGUUUGGGCGACCGAGUCGAUCGGCCGCGUGAUUGCGACGCGACACCAGUACUCGUUCGGCCAUGCGAUCCCACUCCGAAUGGACUUCACCGACGUCGACAAGGUCGAUCUCUACUGGGAGGCGCUGCAAUGUGUUGCGCUCGAGUCGCUUUCGUUCGCGGCAGGCCCGGGCCAGGUCCAGGCCUUCCCCAAGCCGCUGGCUUUCUCGCAUGUGAACCUUCUCGUCCCGAUCUCGUGGACAUCGCGUACGCAGUCCGAGCGCUACAAGAAACGAAAAGCGCGCGAGAAGGAGCUUCGCGCUAUCAUUCCCGGCUCGAGUCGCGUACCGCGGCCCCGGCGUCGAUCACCGUACACAAAGCCGCGCCUCGUCAAGGCCGCCAAAUGCCGUGUCGCUGUCGAGGUCGAUCAUGUCGACUUUACGCCCGACGAAGAAAACGAGCUUCUUGAGGCUUACUACAAACAGCUCGAAGCCAACUGGCGGGUGUCCGUGCCAGAGGACAUGCAAUGUGAGAACGAAAGCGUCCUCGUCCGGGCACCCCACGCUUGGCGCGUCAACUUCUCGGUCGCCACUAUCGGGCGAGCGCUUCGGCGGUCGCGGCCGCCCAGCGCGGGCCCUCUUCGGCGGCGUCUCGCCGAGCUUCUUGACCAAGUGAGCUCCAAGCAAGCACUCGUGGACCUCCACAACCGCGUGUUUGGCCAGUCGGUUUUUGUUGAGGAAGACGCCGUGAUGACGCAGCCGCGCAUGACCGCACUUCUCAAUCGUGUUUUGAUGAUUGUGCUGUGCCCGGACACGUCAUAUCUGCAAAUGGCCGCGGAGCACCUGCUUCUGCACUGGACGCGCCGGGAGAUCAACACAGUUUGGCGCCUUCUAUGGCUGCGUGGCUGGAUCGUGCACGCAACGGCUCCAACCCACCGUCAACUUCAACGCGGCUACGUUCUCUCGAGGAAGCUUCUCAUGCUUUGGCGCGACGGUGCCCGGCUCCCACUCUCCAUGUUUGAGGAGGCUGCAGAACAAGCUGCUGUCGUCGACGAUGCGCUCGAAGAUGCCGACGACAACGAAGACGGCGGGGUUCAGCUUACUGUCGGCGCGCCGCUGACGCAUGCCGCGUUCGUCCUCGGCCGUUGCUCGUUUUUAGUCGAGUACAAGUCGUCGACUGUGCGGGGCUCCUCGGCAAUCGCGCACAAGCGUAAGCGACCACAGGCGACAGACCGGGCGGGCUUCGGUAUUGCUGGGCAUCUGUACCAGCUCCAGCCACAGGACGACCCGUGGGUCGUGUCGACUAUCUUCUCUCAUCCGCCGCCUGAGCAGCUCUCGGACGCAAUGGACGCAUUUACGGCGCCGCUGCCGCUGACCAAGAAAGCCCGAAGAACCUUUGUGAUCGACGACGAUGCCAUCCACGGGCUCCUCGGUGCCGCAGCAGAACAGGGUUGCUCCGCUGCGGAGCUCGCUCUUGCGCUUGAUGUUGAUGCCAUCGCGGUGCGCGAGAAGCUGGAGUCGAUGUCGGACGACGUGCUCUGCGUCCAGGCCUAUGCCCAAGCGCGCUACGUCUUGCGGUCGUACGAGAAGUUUUGGACCGUGCAGUCCUAUGUCGUCGCACCCAACAACGAAGCCAUUUUCGACACCAAGUCGCCGGGCAAGGCCGCGCACCCUUGGCUCAAGCUCAGCGGCUCCACUAACGUGCAGUGGUGGACGCGCAUGCAGCGAUCGGCGCUGCAUUUCAUAUUUGGUGCUCCCGGUGCCGACGACGUCGCCGUCUGGAAACACAUGGACAUGUUGUUGCCGCUGCAACAGGUGCGCUGUCUACUCGCACAUCUCGUUGCCGAGGACGUUUUGUACGCGCGCGUUGCCGCCAAGCAGCCCAGCACACUCUUCUCUGUCGCGUCGCCCGUUGUUGGUGUACCUGACGCACCGCUCACCGAAAUUGACCUCGACGAAUGGACUGUGCGAUAUAUGGCACCACCCGACUGCAUCGAAAAACUCGGCAUGCUUCUCCGAGACACCGAAUAA